CAAACUUUGCAGUCUCUUGUUCAGUACCAAGAGACUGCUGAAAUUCCAAACUGGAACAUAAAGCAAAAUCAGUGUGACAUACACAAAAAGCAACUGAUAAUCAAUACACGAUGUAAAGAGGGACCUGCCCAUAAGAGCUUACAAUCUUAAAGCUGAAGGGGUAUGAAACCAAGGUGGGGGGCAGUGGUACUUACCUUUAAUUUCUUAUUGACUGUGUGAAUAUGAACUGAUGUCUCUCACUUGCACUUUUAUACUGACUGUACAAAUAUCCUUGUGUGUGGGUGGGUCAGUGUAAGUUUUGUAUAAUGUGUAUUAAUUCCAGAUUAUUAUGUGUGUUUAAUGAUGAGACGUGUGAUACAGAUCUGAGUUUCCUGUUAGUAGAAGUGGAACUGUGUCAGGGAGCAGCUGAUCUUUAUAUUCAUUUCUAAAUUACUUGGAAGCAGUGAGAGACAGACAGACAGCGAAAGACAGACAGACAGAGUAGGAGCUAAAUGAGAGGGGUCUGUGCCUGAGCCGAGAACAUGGAAUAUUGUGUCACUGGGAAAGUGCUGGGAUUUCUCUACUUCUUUCUGCUCCUCCUGCUGCAGCAGCAAUGUUCCUCCCUGGAGGUAACAGCCCCCUCCUCUCAGUCCUCCCUGAUUGGAAGAGAUGUCUUACUUCCCUGCAAAUUCGAAGUGGAUAAUCCUCCAGUGAAUCCCAAGUUCCUCGCUCUCUUGUGGCAUUUUGGAGACAAGGAGAUUCUGAGAUAUGACAACAAAGGGAAAGUUUCCAGCCCUCGGUUAUUCAUAGAUGAGAAACUUAUACUGGAAGGCAAUGCCUCAUUGUCUCUCUCCAACGUGACCAUCUCUGAUAGAGGAACCUACAGGUGCUCAGUCAUUUACAGCCCAAACAACCAACAGAAGGAGAUCAGGCUGCACAUUCAUGCGGUGCCAGAGGUUGCGGUUGCUAAGAGAACUCUCCUUAAGAACCAGGGAACUUCCCUUCAGUGCUCAGUGACUGAUUUCUACCCACAAUCCAUCACUGUGACUUGGCUCAGGAAUGGGAAGCUAUUGGCCAACUCAGCUCUGGGGCCCCUUCAGCGGAAUGCAGAUGGAACGUUCCGACAGAACAGCACCCUGACUCUCACCCCCUCCGACACCCUGAAUAACCCAGAGAUUGUCUGUCAGGUGCAACAUGAAUCCCUCCCCACCCCCAGGCAAGAUCAUUUCAAGGUGAAGUAUGGAGUGCCUCCGUCAGUACAAGUCUAUUCAGCCAAGAUCAAUGGACGGCCGGGGCAGGUAUUGGUGUGUGAAGCGAGUCAGUUCCAACCAGAACCAGUGCAGAUAAAAUGGAUCCUGAAUGGGAAAAUUGCUGAAGAUGGGGGGUAUAAAAAAGGUUCCUAUUACUUGAUGAACCCAACGAGUGGAAGCCAAGAGGGAAACAUCUCCUGUGAGGUGGAACAUGAGACUCUGCUACAUCCCAUCACUGAGACUCUACAGCUGAGACAAGAGGACGACGAAGCAAAAUAUUCUGCAGGGAACAUUGCGGCGGCCAUAUUUCUCACCAUUCUGCUGACAGUGGCCGGGAUCACUGCUGGGCUCUGGUUUCUCAUCUACAAGAAGAAAUAUUUCCAGAGAUUCCGGGUGAGUCACAUACACAGGAGUCAGAUGUUGGAUGGGGAGAAGGUGACUCUGUACUGUGUGGCCUCUGACUGCCCUAAGGACCCCCAGGUGAUAUGGACAGUGGAGGAGAAUGAUGGGAAGAAGAUGGAGAUAACAGAGGAUGAGCCCCAGGCAGAAGGAGAAGGGAAGAAGUUGCUGGAUCAGGAAUUCUCUGUAAGAACAGACAGAACAGAGACAGACAGGAGACACAUUGUCACCUCCUCCCUCAGCUUCACCCCUGAAGCAUCAAAGAUCAAGAAGAUGAUCGUGUUCUGCAAGUUUGUCUGUGAUGGAAGAGCCAAAGAGCAAAGACUAGACUGUUCACUCAUCUUAUUAAAGCCCAAGGAUUCCAUGAAGUUUUCCCUGAGUGAGUCAGGAGAGGUUCUGAGCUGUCUGACCCUGAGGGAGUUUUACCCCAGAGACAUCCAGAUCAGAUGGAGCUGUGGAGUUGGACACUACCAACAACUGGAGUCCAAUGAAACAUUUACUCUCAAUCCUAACUGCACAUUUAAUAUUGAGAGUGUGUGUAAAGUCCCAGGACAUCUCUUCAAAGACCCAGGAUUCAAAGUGCGAGUGACCUGGAACCACCAAUCCAGUGAUGGGGAGGAGUCCAGGGAAUUCUCUGCAUGGGAUCCAGAAUUCCCCUGGCGCCCACAGAUGGAAGAGAUAAUAAAUCCUGAUACCCUGAUACACAGCAAAGAGGGCAAAUUCCAGUGUAAGAUCUGGGGGUAUUUCCCUGAUGCUCUGGAGGUGAAAUGGUUGAGGAGAGAAGCAGGAGGGCAGGAAUUAUUCUCUGUGUGUCCCAGUGAGAAAUACAAGAUCCCAGAGAUGGAGCAGAAGAGAGAAGCUGAUGGGACCUUCUCCUGCACAGUCAGUCUCAUUGUCUCUGUGUCACUAACAACUGAGCAGGGGGCGGAGUUUAUCUGCCGGGUGGGACACCCCAGUCUGGGGGAACCCCUAGAGAGAAGCACCAGGGCCCUCAGUGUGAGAGGGGUCCCAGUUGUGACAAACAUUAGACAGAAGGACAGACACAUCAUCAUGGAAAUAGAUCAGUUCUACCCACAGAACAUUGAGAUUACCUGGUACAGAGUUGUGGGGAAGCAGAAGGAUUAUAAUCAGAGGUCUCAUGACUUUAUACAGAAUAAACUAUAUCCAAACAGUGACGGCUCCUACAGACUCACCAGUAUAUUUGAGGGAAUUGAUCUUGUGGAUAAGAUGAAUCCAUUUGAUUUGUACGUCACUGCUCAGGUGCAACAUGAGACACUAAACUCUCCAAUCCAGAGGGAUUUCCUAUGGGAGAAAGGAGUCUAUUAUCUGCUGUCAGAGGGGAAGAAACUGUACCCAUUGCCUAAAUACCAAGAUACAGACUCCAGCAAUCCUGGGCAUGUGGAGAGGAGCUGAAGAAGCAGGAGAAACCCCAACACCCCCAGUGAUGGGCAACAGAAUGUAGGAAAUGCCCCUGGGGAAGGAAAGAGCAAUGGAAAGAAAGACUGAUAUUUAUUCCCUGAGAACAAUCCCCAGUGACACAGCGGUUGGUUUGGGACACAAAGUGUUGGACUCGUGGGUUUGGUGGUACCAGGGUGGGUUCCAUCUCUUGCUCAUUAUACACAGUAGUGUAACUGGUACUGUUGAAGUCCAUAACAUAAGACAGCCUGUGUCUCUAUGGAAGAGAUAGUGUAGAUUGUAAGCUCUGCUGGAGCAUGCCCCCACCCCCCAAUAAGUAGGGUUGUCACCUGGCCAGUAUUUCACUGGCCUAGCCAGUAAAAUACCAGCCAAGGCCGGGGUUGGUAUUACAAAUCUGCCCUCAAUGUAUUAGCCAGUAAAUUUGUAAUACUUAUUGUUCUGCCCCUGGCCUACCUCAGAUCUGCCCACUCCCCUACUCAUCUAAUCCAAGGGCUG